AUGGCGCCUCCAAAAUCAGUUCGCGCCCCGACAACGGCCAGUCUACCAAACAACCUCCGUAUUCCCUCGACUGCACAAUCCUUGACCAAGACUUUGAACAAGCUUUCCCGGCAAGCACUUCUUGAUCUUGCCCUCAUAUGGUUGGACGAUCAAAAUUUCAAGUCAUUUCCACCCUAUCUCCAACGUGAAGAAACCAACAACGAAUAUGAAGAAGCGCUACCAUACCCCGCCGCGGAAACCAUCGAAGAAGCUCGCCAGGCAUACGAAGACAUGCAAGAACGAAAAGGCGGCAAGCGCGAAGUUGUCGAGCGAAUCUUGGAAGGAGAUUGGCGCCAGGGUAUCACAUUGCGACAGCUCGCUAUGGCAGAUAUCCGGUACAUAGAAGACCAUCCAGCAAGUUCACGCUGGACAGCUCUGGAACUAGAGCGCAUCGAUUCAAAACACAAAACUUCCACCAAUUCCUCCACCUCAGAAGCUUGGGCUACACAUUACCAUCUCGCCCGUUCCAAUACCCUCCCUCUAACCUUCCUCCGAAUAUUCAUCGUGGACUCACCAUACCAAUCCCCACGACAAUCCCAUGAAAUCUUCGCCGACGCCUCCCGCAUCAUCUACGUCGCUUUCCCCGAUAGUUCCCCAUACAUCUACACCUCCGUCGCGAUCACCACAGGCUCAAACGCAAAACCUAUCACAUCCUCAAGUUCUAUCGCGACGGAUCCAAAGAGCCUCCAUCGCUUAGUCCGUGAAGCCGUACCGAAAGCUCUCUCAAGACCUCAUGAGCGAUAUACAUUAAAGGCUACGGCGCUAGCAACGAAAAACCUUCCUACACUCUUAGCUCUACGUGGAGCAGGACGCUCAACGGCUGCGAAUGGCAGCUUUAGUAUUUUUGCCGAUGCAGCGCUAGAAGGGAGCCCAUUAGAUCCUCGUCCUUCAAAUACAGUUGCUGCCGAGGAACAUAUGCGUGGUGGACAUAAACCUAUUAAAGAUGAAGAUAAAGAAAAUAAUAGCGAGGUUCAUUCGCAGGAACUGCAAUUGCCAAGUCAUCCUAAAAAACGCCAUUCCGGUACAAGUACUGGUAUGGAUGGAUCGAUUUCACCAUCUUCGAAAAAACGGCGUUUGGCCGUUGACUCGCGCUUUGGGUCGGCCUCGUCUUCAUUGACUCCGGCUCCGCUCGAUCGUCUGGAUAUUCGUCUUUUGGAUGCGCCGGUGGAGGACCGUGAGAAUGAUACUCGAACGGGUGUUUUGCCUCCGUUGUCGCUUACUUUCUCUGGCGCGGAUGUUAUUGGUGGGAUUCGGAAACUCGCUGAGCUUGGCGUUGUUGAUCCUGAACGUAUGCCAUCUUGGAUGACUGGUGAAGAAGCUGUUAGUAUGGCUGUUGUUCGUGGGGAAGAAGGAUUCUAA